UCUUGCCUGUGUUUUCGUUUUGGUAAUUCCUUUUGCUGAUUUCGCGAUUGUUGAAAAUUCCUCGAAGUCGAAUAAAGGUGUAGUUUCUGAUGACGUAGAAAUAGCUGGUCGUAUUUUAAACGAUUUUUACGAUAUAUUUAAUUAUGUCACGAGUAAUGUCGCUCGAUUGAUGCAUCCCCUCAUGUUGAAAAUUACUGAAGAAGUAAACGUCACUCGCGCCUGUAUCGAAGGUGGGAUGCGUUUAUUAAAUGAUUUAAAGCAAAAUAAAGGCUGGACUCUACAAUUGAUUGAUUCUUUUGGGAAACCAUUUGGAAUAAUUAGAGGAAAAUUGUGGUUACACGGAGAUUACGAUCAAUGCUUAAAUAUUGAAGUUAUAGACGAUACGACCAGAAAAAAUGAUAAAAAAUCAAAUACUAUGCACGGAAAAUUUUGUGCCUUAACUAUUGGAUUUAAUUCAUAUGAAUUCAAUGAUGUGCCAGUAGAUAACAAUACUAAAAAUAUGCUUAGAAUGAUGAAAGAUAUUGUCAAACCGUUUCCAUUGAGUAAAAUAUUUGAAAUGGCCAAUUACUCCAAAGUAAUAUUUCGUGUGGAUAUUUGUGUACCGAGCACGUGUAGUCGAGAAGAUGUAGAAAAUAUUUUUCAAUGGGCAAUGAAAGAUUCUUACAGAGCAGAGGUGAAAUUCUGCAAAGCGAAAGACGAUAAGAUUCGCCUCUCUACAAUUCAAAUAAUUUGCAUAACUGCAAUCAGCAUCUUUAUCGCGUGGGUUUUUAUUGGAACAUUUCUGGAGACUCUCAUUAUACUGAAUAUAGUUAAUGUUCCUUGCGAUAAAGGAAAAAUUCUACAGAGCUUCGUUUCAGUAUCCUUAAUUUCAUCGAAUCGAAAAGUUUUCUCUACCGACUUCAAUAACGAGACAAGAUUUAUUUGUGGAAUUAAAUUCUUCCUUACGUGUAUCGUAGUUUUUGGGCAUUUGUUCGUAUAUUCGGCAAUUGUAUAUACAAUAGCAGAAAGAAUAAUAAACUUUGUAAAUAUAACUGAUGAUGUUACUAUAGAAAUUGUAUCCCAAGGACAAUAUAUUCUGCAAAUAUUCUUUUUUUUGAGCGCAUUUUUAACAUUCUAUCUACGUAGAAACGAUGAAGAAAACUCUAUAUCAUAUUACUUUAUUUUUUAUCAAGCGAUACACAAGAUUGACUAUUCCUUUGCUUUUCAUAUUGGCUUUCUUCAUAAUUUUGCCAAUUUGUGGCGAAGGACCACACUGGGAUCUCGUAUACGAAGAAGCACAAAGAGUUGAACAACACUGGUGGAGAUACAUUCUUCAUGUUAUAAAUUUAGGCAACAUUAAAUCAACUUUUACCUUAUACACUUGGUUUUUUAACGUAUUGAUGCAAUUAACUGUAAUCACAGUUCCUUUGUUAUACAUUCAUGUCAGAUGGCCAACAUUUGGAACAAUAUUACUAUGUAUAUUGAUUGUGGCAGGAAUCGUCUCACACGUUUGUUAUUCACUACAUAAGAAAUACGUCACGAUCUUGAAUUUAGCAAUAGAUCUCGAGUACGUUUUGUAAAUUAAAUAUUUUCAUUAAAUAUAAUCAAAUUGGUGCAGUUAAUGAAAUAAGUGACACUGUGCUGUGUGAAUAAGUAAUAAAAAUUUCUUAAUGUGGAGGCAAAGAAUAUGUCAGACAGGUCGUCUUAUUUAUUGCAUAAUGUCUGGAAUCAUAAAGCUAGUUUAUCUAAAAAAAUUAUUUUAUAUCUAAAUUUUUAAUAUUAAUUAAGUCCAGAUGCAGCGUUAUAAUCUUAUCCGUGUCUUACGGUUAAUUUUUGGUUACGCGCAUAACGACGUUGGUUGUUAUCUUCUAACCAUGCAAAGUGAUAUUAGAGUGAAUCAGGCUAUCUGUAAUAAGAAAACCUUUGCACUCAUAUAGGGGAGAUCC